ACGCGUGCGGCAAACAACGCGAACUUCGCAGCGAAGCAGUAAAAAAAAAACGACGAAAACUUUAAACCGUUAGCGUUUUAAACCACAAUAGAAAUUCAAUUCGAAGCCAUGGCAAAUUUGUUUACAUUGCUGUUGCCCCUCAUUUUGCUUAUUAUCGCUUUUGUUGCGAACACUUCGUAUGCCGCGCUUGAACCAAAAGCCCCGAACUUCCAAUACUUUGAAAGACCCAAAUAUCGCUAUCCAUACUAUGAUGAAAAUGGCAAAGGAAAGCUGCUCUAUGGAUUCGGUGGCCCUGAGCUGUAUCAAUACAAGACCUACACACCAUUAGAAGGCAUCCAUUAAGCAGAAUUAGCAUUAAUAUUUGUAAUUAAUUUAUAUAUUUUAUGAUUGCCUGCGUAAACUUCUGUUCUACCAGUUCAAUUAAGGGCGAAGAGCAUAGUAGCCAGUGUUAAUUAUAAUUACUAGUUACCUAUAUAAUAAUAUAUCCUAAAAUAUUUUAAA